CACCAGACGCACAAAGGUUUGAUUCACAUCCUCUUAAUACGUUGCAAGUCCAGUCAGUUGUAUAAGCUCCUGCGGGGAUCAAAUUGGCUGGAUAGAUCCAUUUCUCCUCCAUUGACAGUUAUUUUUUUUAUCUUGCAUUAUUUAUUUUCUGUGCACCACUGCAGCUUCGGAGGAAACCACACAACUCAUCUUACAGUCGCUUUCGCGUUGGGAAUUCAGUGCGUAAUGGUGAUUGCCAGUGGCCUCUGACUAUCCAAAUCUGUUUCUUUCCACCCUACCUGGAUUUAAAACCCAAAAUGCAGCUCGUUUUGUAUCUAUCAGUACUGUUUUGUUUAAAAUACGUGGUCGCGGAUAUUAAAGAACUAGACUCAAAUGUCGCGGAAACGAAACUCAAAUGUCCGGAGCGCUGCGAUGUGAGCAAGUGUCCGAGUCCGAGCUGUCCGAGCGGUUAUGUUCCCGACCGCUGCAACUGCUGUCUGGUGUGCGCUCAGGGCGAGGGCGAACCCUGCGGGCGCAAGGAUGAUCUGCCCUGCGGGGACGGGCUGGAGUGCAAGCAUCCGUCUGGAAAGAGACUGUCUAAAGGUGUGUGUCAGUGCAGGUACAGCAGUAAAGUGUGCGGCAGUGAUGGGAACACAUACGGUAACAUCUGCCAGUUGAAAGCAGUCAGAAGAAAAGCACAGCAGCAGGGUCUGCCCGGAGUCACCAACUUACACAAAGGACCCUGUAAAACCAAUCAAGGUCCCACACAUCCCAGCAGUCCAAGGUACAAAUUCAACUUCAUUGCUGACGUGGUAGAGAAGAUCGCCCCUGCUGUGGUGCACAUUGAGCUGUUCCUCAACCACCCCCUCUUUGGCCGGACAGUUCAACUGUCGAGCGGAUCAGGCUUUGUUAUGUCUGAGACGGGGCUCAUUGUCACCAAUGCCCAUGUGGUGUCCAGCACCACGCCCGUUUCGGGUCACCAGAGACUCAAAGUACAGAUGCGUGAUGGAGACGUCUACGAGGCCACUAUCAAAGACAUCGACAAGAAGUCAGACAUCGCCACUAUCAAAAUCAACCCACAUAAAAAGUUGUCUGUUUUAUUACUGGGUCACUCUGCAGACCUGCGACCGGGGGAGUUUGUGGUGGCCAUCGGGAGUCCUUUUGCACUGCAGAACACAGUGACUACAGGAAUUGUCAGCACAGCACAGAGAGAUGGGAAAGAACUGGGCCUCCGUGACUCAGACAUGGACUACAUCCAGACCGACGCUAUCAUUAACUAUGGGAACUCAGGUGGACCACUUGUUAAUUUGGAUGGAGAGGUGAUUGGUAUCAACACCCUGAAGGUGGCUGCAGGAAUCUCCUUUGCCAUUCCUUCGGACAGAAUCACCCGCUUCUUAAAUGAUUCCCUGGGAAAGCAAAACAAAGAGGCGAGAUCAGUGAAGAAACGAUUCAUUGGGAUUCGAAUGCUCACCAUCACAGAAGGGCUCGUGGAAGAGCUGAGACAGCAGAAUCCAGAUUUUCCUGAUGUCAGCAGUGGGAUCUAUGUUCAUGAAGUGGUUCCUCACUCCCCAGCUCAAAAAGGGGGCAUCAAAGACGGUGACAUCAUAGUUAAGUUGAAUGGAGAGCCGCUGAUGAGCACCAGUGACCUGAAGGAAGCGCUCAAUGAAGACAUGACCCUGCUGCUGGAGGUGCGGCGAGGCAACGACGACCUGCUCUUCAACAUUGAGCCCGAUGUUAUCAUGGAGUGAUGCCAUCCUUCACUCAGAAUGUAAAUCAUCAAAGACGACAUUGGUUUUCUCAUUCAUGACCAAGGAGAUGUGAAAUGGUGCAUCCUAAUAAGUAACAACUUUUACAAGCAGAGAGAAAGCAAACAGUCAUGUUAAAUCUUUGCAAAGAAAGUUUAUAUGAAUAGCACUAUCUCUCAUUCAAGCACGUUGAAUGAUUUAGCUGGCAAAUAUGGAAACUUGCAGUACUGUAUUUUGUAAAGAUGACAAAGCUGGUGAGAUUUGUGAAGUUUCUGCUUUUGUGCCAGAAAUGGUCAAUCCACAAUGAAUGAUAUUUCAUCAAAUUAAAUGUAAGUUUUUAUAUGAAUAUCAUAAAAACUGAAACCUUGUAAAUGAAUAUGAGGACUGAAAUAUGUGUCGAUCCUCUUCCUCAACCUAAAUGCUGAAUCUGCGUUGAGGCACCAGUGGCAUGAAUUCAUUGCUGUGCAAGGAUCUGUUAUGUUUUAUAUUAUUAAUUU